AUGAUUGCAUCAUUCCUAAGUACCCGGGGGGGUUCUUACGGUGUCUCCUUCGAAGAAGCAGUCCUCCAGGGUCUCGCCCCUGACGGUGGACUGUUUGUUCCUGAGUCGAUUCCAUCUCUCCCAUGUGAUUGGAACAACUGGGUCGAUCUUUCAUUCGAAGAGCUCGCAUUCGAAAUCUUAACCCUAUAUAUCCCAUCAACUGAGAUUCCUCACCAAUUUCUCAAAGCGAUUAUACAUCAAGCAUACGCAAGCUUCAGAGUUCCAGACGUGACGCCUACGAUAACCCUCGACAAUGAAAGGAAGAUACACUUACUUGAAUUGUUUCAUGGCCCGACCUUUGCGUUUAAGGAUAUUGCACUGCAAUUUUUCGGCAAUCUCCUAGAGUUCUUCCUGGAGAGACGGAAUCAGACCCUACAAAAAGCGGGCCAGGAUCGCGAGCAUUAUGUUGUUGUUGGUGCUACAUCGGGAGACACUGGCUCUGCUGGAAUUGAAGGUCUCAGGGGAAAAAAGGAUGUCUCCGUGUUUGUUCUAUUCCCUACGGGAAGGGUUUCCUCGGUACAGGAGGCACAAAUGACUACUGUACCUGAUGCGAAUGUACACUGCUUGAGUGUGGAUGGGACCUUUGAUGAUUGCCAGGGACUUUUAAAAGGCCUCUUUGCAGACCGUUCCGCCAUGGCACCAUUCAACUUGACGUCAAUCAAUUCAAUCAACGUCUCCAGAAUUUUGGCGCAGGUUACUUUCUACUUUGCGUCAUAUUUCUCGCUUGUCCGGUCUGGCAAGUUCAAUCCCUCGAGCGAUCAAAUCAAAUUCUCCGUCCCUACUGGAAACUUCGGUGAUAUCCUGGCUGGGUUUCUUGCAAAGCGAAUGGGUCUUCCGAUAUCACAACUCAUUGUUGCCACAAAUGAGAAUGAUAUCCUUCAUCGCUUCUGGCAGACGGGCACCUAUGAAAAGCUCAAAAGCACGGGUUCCAAUACCCAUGCAGGCGCUGUGAAAGAGACCAUGUCCCCUGCCAUGGACGUUCUCAUCAGCAGUAAUUUUGAACGGCUCCUAUGGUUCCUUGCAUACGACGUCUACGGCAGUGAAGUCGAUGGUGAAAGAGAAAAAUUGCAGGUGGCAUCUUCGAUGGUCCGACAAUGGCAGGCGGCUCUCAAGUCAGAAGACAGAUUCUCCGUUGAGCAGAAGAUGUUGAAUGCUGCAAGGGCAGAAUUUUCAUCUCAGCGAGUAUCAGAUGCGGAAACGCUGGCUACUAUUCAUGAUGUGUACCAAUGGACUGGUUUGAAACAUUACGUCUUAGAUCCACAUUCUGCUAUUGGCGUUACAGCUGCGAUCCGUUCAGCUGAAGCAGCUCCAAGUUUCCACCAUGUGGCUUUGUCGACCGCACAUCCGGCCAAGUUCAGCCAUGCUGUGGAACUGGCCCUUUCAGAAGAACAAGGGUUCCUGUUCAGUGAUAUCCUACCCCCACAGCUCUCGGUACUAGAAAAACUUCCACGACGAGUGAUUCAUGUAAAGAGGAGGGAUGGGUUAGACGGCGUCCGGAAGAUUAUCAUGGAGGAAGUUGGAAAAGUAACCAAGACCUGA